UAACUUCAUUAGAAACAACCUUCACAGAAUACCUCCCUCCCUCUCUCUCAAAACCAGAUACAAAUGGCUUUCUCUAACUCCAUGGCCGUUUUAUCUGUGCUUCUGGUAGCGGUGCCCGUGGCUGCUUUCGUCUUGGACUGGCCAGAUAACUUAGCUCCUAUGAUUGCCGCUGAAAUAUGUAAACAAGUUGAGUGUGGAAGGGGAGCAUGCAAAUUCGACAUGAACGAACCAUUAACUUUCACCUGCGAGUGCGAACCGAACUGGAAGCGAACGUUUGAUGGGGACGAUGAUCUGAAGUUUCUCCCCUGUGUCAUCCCCAACUGUACACUGGACUACAACUGCCAGCCAGCUCCACCUUCAGUUCCUAAGAAAGAAGUCCCUCACAAUUUAUCUGCCUUUGAUCCUUGUUACUGGUCUUACUGCGGAGAAGGUAACUGCGUAAGGAACAGCACGUACAAUUACGCACCCAUCUGUGAAUGCAAAUCCGGCUCCUCUAAUCUUCUCAACGUCACAGCAUUCCCCUGCUACAAUGAAUGCACACUUCAACCCGACUGCGCAAGUCUAGGAAUUAAGGUUGCAAACUCAAAUUCCCGCACUGGCUCUGGGAAUGACAGUAGUCAAGCUACAUCGUUCUUGCCCGGAAAGUUCCUGUUGAUGGCCAUAGUGACGGUGUCCGUGGGUAUGAUUCUGAGGAAGUAGGAUCGGAAGUCCGGUUACACGAUUGUGGAUUACAUUUGUUCUUUUGAUCAUCCUUUGGUUUCACAAACUUCAGGUUCAUUUUGUUGUUGUAACAUCGCCUCGAUGUUUCACCAGUUCAUCAAUGUGUAUAAAGUCAGUUUGUGUAAAUAAAUCGACGCAGUCAUAGCCCCACGACUGUCAUAUAUUGCACUUGUAUACAGAUUUUUAUGUGUACAUACCUCUUACGAAUCAUCUAUCAUUGACAGAGCAGAUUUUC